AUGCCGAUGUUAAAGGACACUCAAUUGGAUGUAUUUGCGUCAGAAAGUGAAUUGCCCGAAUGGAGAUGUCAUGAAUGGAGUUGUGCAAAUCGAGUGAAUGCUUACAAUUACGAUUACUACUCAUUACCGUCAAUACAAUACAAUCUUCCUUCAGCCAUUAAACUUAACGCAUUUCGUUUAUCAUUGCAUCUGCUGAACGACGAAGAAGGAUGUGAAAUGUCGUUUGGGUGCAUGCAGCAAUUAUACAAACGAAUUGUUUCGGAUGGUAACGAAACGUUGAUGAUUGAGUUUGAUCGUUCACUGGGAUAUAUCGCAAUGGCAACACAGAAUCUCCAACUGGCGGGUAAUUCACAAACAGUGAACGAGUUGUUGAAACAUUUUCGAUCGUUUCUAGUAGCCGUUGGUACAAUUCGACAAUAUGCCCUCAACACUGCAGCAUUAACAACGAGGAGUAUCGAAAACGUAACCUUUCAAAUACUAACACUUUUAUUCAAUAAUGCUUUUCUUUAUUCCGUUGUCGAUGUCGAAUUGUUUUAUCCAAUGGGGAAUGCAAAUGCCAGUCAACAGCUCGCACUGCUUAUUGCGUAUGGUCUCAUGACAAUCUCUGAAAUCACGGUAAUUAAUUAUAUCCCCACUGUGCCAUAUCAUUCGAGAGAUGUCGCGUUUCAAGAAAGAGCAUUUAUGUGCAGAUGUGCAGAUCUAAGUUGGCAACAGAUUUAUACUUUAAUGGGUGAUUGUGAUUUUUGGUCGAUGUUCGCUGAACUCAUUCGAAUUUGUUUUACUCGCAAUCUGCUGCAGUAUCCGUCGAUGCCAACAAGCGGUAAAACAAGUGUUAAUGGUCGUAUGGAGUGUUUACGACAAAUCCUGCUCAGAAUAGACAAUCACCACGACGCUUUAUUACGAUUACUUCCAUUCUUCAAAGAGAUAAAUGCGGAAGAAUUGUGGGGUGCAGAAUCAGUUUUGCAACACUAUUUCAAUCUGCUCACGCCAACUUUUUUGCAGCCUUCAUCAGUUACUCAUACUUGUGAAAUUGGUCGAGGGAAUGGUAAGGCGUGGAUGAGUAUUGUGAAAGAAUAUUGCGAAGGUGUUGAUCGUUUGAGGGAUGAUGUGGACAGCUGGAGCGUAUUCAUUCGUAUCGCUUGUUCAGUUUGUUCGAGAUGCGAAUCAGUCUGGCGAUCGAUCAAACCGCGUAUUUUCUCAAAGUUUACACCGAAAAAAUUGCGUGAAAUGCCAGUUUCAUCUCUGUUUGAAAUGCUCACCUUAUUCCUGUGUUUUGCGUACUCAAUAGAUAUGAAUGAGGUUUGCGAUAAGAUGUUAUCGCUGAUAAUGAGUGCAUUUGAAUCGUCCAAUCUGAAUCGUCAAGAAGUUCUCUUAACAGCUCUUCACUGUCUCAUUCAAAUGUAUCGUGAAAGCAACUCAGAUGCCACAAAAGUCUAUAAGAGUUUAAGUUGUUUGAUCGAUAAACUGAACGAAACGAAUGCUGCUGGAAUUUAUGCAGAAAGUUAUCUUUAUUUAGUCGAAGAAGGCAUCGAGGUGAAUUCAUUACGUCGUUUUUUGCCACAUAUGACCAGUGCAGAUAUUGCUCACAUUCUUGAUGCAAGCGCUCAACAAUGCAGAAAUUCGCCGAUUUGCGUAUGGAAUAUCGCCUUCGAUAGACUAUACACUUCAGACUGCAACCAUUCAAUUACAUUCCUGACCAGUCAGGUUCAGACUUCAAUCUUUUUCCAUCGUUCAAAUGAACAUAAGAUUAUGCGUUUUCGUUGUAAAGAUAAUGCAAUACUAGCGUCACAAGGAAUGGUUUCGAUCUCGAAUGCGCUUCUCAGUGAACGACUUGAAUCAACUGACUUAGCGUUACAGUUCAUGACUGAGUUCUUUGAAUAUUUCGACUCGGAAUUAUAUUUUCCAGUUGAUAACUUCUUACCUGUAUGGCUUGCUGUUGUGAUGAGUCAGCCCGACAGUGAAGAUGUGAUGCGUAUUUCUCGGUUCAUUUGCCAUGGUUUUCGACGUUUUUUGACUGAUAAGAACCUUGAAUGUAAGGUGUUUGAUUCGAACGAUUUAAGCAGUGCGACGAUUGCGAAAUGGAUCUUUGAGACCGUUUCUUUUUUUCAGUUGUUGAUGAGGAACUUCGAAACGUCACUACUGGAUGAUAUGGUGACAAACUAUUUGAAUGGUUUGAUUGUACUACCAGUCGCGUCCUCGUCGUUCAUUCAACGAAUAAUUGUCGAUAUAAUUGAAAAAUUCAGCACAAAUUACUCACUGAGGUUGCAAUUCAAAGCGAUUCUCAGCAAACAUCAGCAAAUCAUUCCGUUGUUAUACGCAGCAUCUAAAGUGAAUUCCAUUGCGUUCAAAUUUUUUACCACAACAACUUGA